AUGGCCUACGCAGAGGCCCAAGGUAGAAAGGAGGUUGCCAUCUUUCUAGAACAGAAGAUCAAUGAGAUCAAGGGGGAGAGGGAUGGGGAUGAGUUUGGAGAGGCAGCAGGGGCAGAUGACACAGAUGACCUUCAGAAGCUGAAGCUCAAAAUUGAAGGGCUCCAGGAUUCUAAGGCUUGGCAAGCAAUCCAGGAGAAAUAUCAGGAAACCGGGAAAUUGUUGGACAAGGGCCUUUCUGGUUUGAUUUCAGAUAUAAAGUCUUUGGGGUUGAAAAUUGGCAAGUCCCGUAUCCUGGAUCUCAAAGCUGAACUGACUCCCGAUGGCCAAGGCCUUAACCUGAGGUUCCCCACCACUGCUAAUGUCAACCUGGCCCUGCCACUCAUUGGAAAUAUCGUCAACCUGAAUGCUGCCUUGGAUAUCUUGACAGGGGUCAGUAUUGACAUUGAUACGCAGACUGGCCUCCCCAUGGUGAUCCUGGGAGAAUGCACCAGCGACCCAGACAGCGUCCAGGUCAACUUGCUGAACAGACACAGUGCGCUCAUCAACAGGAUUGCGAACACCUUGAGCAGCUUCCUAAGAAAAACAGUAUCCUUCACGGUGCAGAAGGAGGUGUGCCUACUGAUCCGAUUCUUCCUCAACACCCUGGGUGUAAAUGUCAUUCCGAACAUCAUCAAUAAACUUCAGGAUGGAAUCCACUUACAAAUCUGAAGAGGACUGAUAAGGAAGACUGCUGCAACGCCCACCUGCUGAUCGGCUACUAGCGACUCGACCCAGUUCCCUUGUAGCAGCUGUCUCCGGAAAGGUGCUUCCACCAUCCAACCAGGGUGAGAGCCUGAGCCCAGCCAGAAGGACCCUUCCCAGAUGCCCUUCUCACAGUUGGAGAGCAGCCUCUAUGCCUGUUACUACCCCACCCCAGCAAUAAAAGCCCU